UAUCUGCAAAAGUGUAUAUAACAAUGGUUAUCAUACACCUUUACAGGGCCUCUGUUAGAAAAGGGAUCAUCUCAAUGUCCAUUCCACUGGGCUCCUCAAUGAACAUGCUGGCAGGCAUGAAUGGAAAGAAAACAAGCAAACAUUGACAACUCAAGAUAAAGUGUGCCAGAUUCAGUGCUGUUGUGUUUUUGUGGAGUGACUGAAGGAGUGUGUUCACCAAUGGCUGUGCAUGAAGCUUUGUGCCCAUUCAGCCCUCUCCUUACCAAGACUGGCUGUGCCUGUGCAGAGUUCUGACCAGUAACCUGUGCACCAUAAGGCUAGCCAUGGCAACUCUGGAUGACAAGCUGCUGGGUGAGAAGCUGCAGUACUACUGCAGCUCCAGCGAGGACGAGGGCGCCGACAGCGCGGACGAGGGCGCCGGCAGUGGGGACGAGGGCGCGCCGGCCGCGGCCGAGCCCGCCGCCCCACCCCCGCCGGGUGACGCCUGGGCCGGCUCCUCCACCAACACGGGGCCGAAGGGUGUGAUUAAGGACUGGCAACGCUUUAAGCAGUUGGAGGCCGAGAAGAGGGCAGCACAGUCGCUGGAGAAGAUGCAGCUGGCCAAAAAGUUGACCAUGACGUGCCGGUCACACUUGGAGGAUGACCGGGAGAAGCGGGAGCAGCAGCAGCUGGAGGAGGAGCUCGGCAUGCUGGAGGACGACGAGGUGCUGCGCGAGUUCAUCCAGCGCCGCAUGCAGGAGAUGGCCGCGGUCCGGCAGCACGGCCCCAAGUUCGGGCACCUGAUCGCGCUGGACUCCGCGGAACACUUCCUUGACGCCGUCGACCAGGAGGAGAAGGACGUGAUCGUGAUCGUCCACGUCUAUGACGAGCGCACGCCCAGCUGCUGCACGAUGAACGCCUGCCUGGCCACCGUCAGCCAGCAGUACCCGGGCUACAAGUUCUGCAAGCUGCGUGCCAGCACGGCCGGCGUCAGCAGACGCUUCAGUGACUCGGGCGUGCCAGCACUGAUCGCCUACAAGGCCGGAGCCGUGAUCGGCAACUUCGUCCGCAUGGAGGACGAGCUGGGUGACGACUUUUGCGCCGGCGACGUGGAGAACUUCCUCAUCGAGCACGGGCUGCUGCAGGACCGCUCCUGCGCGCCAGCCUGUAUCCGGAGUAAGGCGACCGAUAGCGACGACAGCGACUAGCGGCCGGUCCACGCCCCAGGGCCGGACAGGGGGGACGCACUGCGGCCGACCCCGGGUCACGUGACGCGUCCUAACGCCAGGGAGUGCGGUCACGUGGCCGGGCCGGGUGGAGGUGGCCACAAGACUGAAGCCGCGGCGGGCCGGUCGAGGGAACUGUCGCUUACCCACCGCGUAGCUCUCACGUGGCUUUACGCCAGAGGCACAUGGACACUUGGCCUGUCCUUGUGGUGUGAGCGGUGCGAACUCUCCGUGCUCCGACGCGAGAGUGCAUUAAUGCCCUCGUCGCGCGACGACGCAGCGCGACGCGGCAGGAGGUCACGGCCUCCGCGGUGAUCUCAAUGUGUCCGUCUCCCGGAAGCACGCCACGCCCAUUCCCGGAGCGGGCUGAGGUGGUGACGCCUACGUGCCGACAGCUCCGCCGCCGCGAGGUCGUGUAUCAUUCAGGUGUCGACCCGCGCUGAAUGAGCCGCGAUAGGGAAGCUAUUUGUAACCCGUAGUGAGAGGAACAGACGGGCGGCCGGCACUGAGAACGGCAGGCGCCGAUAAGUGCGGCCAGUUUCUUUGGAAGGCAGGAGGUUGUGGCCUGUUCCCCGGAUCUCUCAUUAUGGAUGGUUUUGACGCAUUCUGCGCUGCGCAGUGCUGAAAGGCUUGAGCUUCGCUUGAUGUAGACAGUGACGUUUUUCAUCAGCUCAGGCAAGCCUGGUUGGAACAGGUGUAGAACAAUCUUGGUACACUAUUGUUUACGAUCUUGAAGACCGUAAGAAUCCUCGUACUUUACGUUAUCUAGUCUGCAUAUGACGUGAUGUGUUUGUGAGGUAGGUGUUGUGCUUCUCCCAUAUUUGAAGAAUUGUGCUGUCUGUCGGAUUUCGUGAAUUUUUUUGAUGACUUAAUACAAUACUUCGUUGGACUGAUCCGUCAAAUAGUGUUGGGGCGUACAAGUGGAUUUAAGUGGUUGAUUGACGUAUUUUGCUUCGCCCUGGCCACACCCGCAAAUACUAGAAAAUACACGGCGUGGCAAUGACUUCA